GGGUACUACAUAAACUUGGAAGAGCUGCCCCUCGGCCAAACAUUUGCCCCGCCAAAGUUUUACGUACCUCCAUACAUCCAUCGCGCCCACCAACCUACCUUACAGAACCCGAACUCACGUCCUCGCAUCCCCCCCAAGACAGACAAGAGAAACCAUGAGGCUAUUCCUGAUCCCGAUCUCGGCGCGGCGAACCCUCAUCUACGGACAGCGCCUGAACAAGAUUACGCAUGCGCAGCCGUCGCUGGCGGAUAAAGCGUCUACCCGCGCCUCACAGUUGUGGCUGAAAUGGGAGUCUGCAGAAAAAGGCUGGCAGAAACGGGUGACAGAAUACGGGAACAAACUUUUCAACCGGAUACCGUUCGAAGAAUGGGGUCUCAAAUCGAUCCCCCCGCUCUCCGCGCGGCGCCAGGCCGACGAAAUCGCCGGGGCCAAGAUCGAAGUGGUGUACCCACCUAGCAUAAUCUCUUCCUCCUCGGUAGCGGGGCUUCUAUCGCGCCUCUCAACCGAGCGUAACGCGGUGCACCGCAAGCGGCUGAUCUGGUCUUUAAUCGGCAUGCCGAUUUCCGCACCCUUCGCACUCGUCCCCGUGAUCCCGAACCUGCCGUUUUUCUACUUAGCGUACCGCGCCUUCUCGCACUGGAAGGCGCUCGAGGGCGCGAAACACCUCGGCUUCCUGGCGGCGAAUGGGAUGUUCCAACCUGUGCCCAGCGCCGCGCUCGACGAGGUGUAUACAAGGCAUAGGAAAGCCGUCACCAUCGAUGCGAGGGCACUAAAGGCAAUGACGAGCGUCGAGUGGACUACUACCGAUGCCGCGGAGGUAAUUAAGAAGGCCAGGAAACAGGGUCCGCCCGUGGCUGAGGAGGAGGAUGUGCUCUUGCUCCGAGAGCAGGAUGCGCAGGAUAUCGCACAGGUCGUUGAUGUGCCCGCGUUGGUGGUGGAGUGCGAGCGCGCGUGUCGACAGGUCGCUGCGCAGAUGCAGCUUCAGGCGGAACAGGAAUCCCAGACAAUACGUGUGGACAAGGCAAAUGAGUCGGCGGAGAAGAAAAAAUUAUAGAUGGGCGGAAGACGAUAGACGGGAUCAGCUAAUCUCAUCUCUUUGUGUGUGUAUGAUAGGAUACGAUAGGAUACGAUAUGUAUGGUAGGUAGUCACGUGCAAUGGGGUUUUGGUUGCGAGUGAUACGAAUGGGACAGGGCAACGAUGUACAGGUGGAUGAAUGGGAUGGAUGAACGGCUGGCUUUCUGGCUGGCUGGAUGGAUGAAUGGAUACUGGCGUUAGAGACAAGACUUUUGUUACAUGCAUUAUAAAAAUAAAAAUUUACUUUCCCUCA